AUGGCCGAGAAAUCAUUUCACUUCUUUCCUAGGCUUCCCGCAGAGCUGCGAUUGGAGAUUUGGCGUCUAUGCCUACCAUGCCGCGUAUGGGAAGUGGAUUUCCCGACCAGCCUCGGCCUUUAUGAGAAACCCAAUGCCGAUGGCUCCUAUCCCUGCCAAGUCAAAUCCACAGCUAUUCUGAAUGGUCUUCCACCUGUCAUCACCCGCGUUUGCCAAGAGUCGCGUAACGUUGCCCACGAGUCAGGGGGUAUCGUGCCAGAUGAUUUCUACGACGAUUCACCAGCUGAUGCUGUCUGGGUCUCCCCCACAAGUGAUGGCGUGGCCGACAUGUUCUGGGUAGACCCCAAGCGAGAUUCUGCGCAUCUUAAUUGGCUUCCUCACUAUGAAGCGAUUUACGAAAACUGCUCCGGUAGUGCGCUAGCCUGUUUAGCCUGGUCAAGUCGUCAGGUAGUCGGCAGUCCCUCAAUUAUGGGCGGGUGGUUCUCUGCGGGCUGCGACCACGAAGAAGAAAGAUUUGAUGUACUCUACCAGGUGCCCAGCUGCUGGGUCAUCAUGCAUGUUUCUAUUAUCCAUGCUAACUUCCGAGAAGCCGCACAGUCUGGCUUGUUUGGAUUACUAGGCGACGCGCCUGUACAAGUUGUCCCCUUGUCUAAUCGGGAGAAGAUAAAUGCUCUGUACAGAUUUUCUGACCAAUUGUCUUCUCCUGGGCGUCUUGAACGGUUGUCCCCAGAAUCACUCAAUCUGCAAUUCAAAGACAACAUUAUCAAGAAAAUGGGAUCGGAUAGAUUAUUGUCGAAAAUGCAUCCGGCUAUUAUGUUCCGUGUUUGUGUAUCGAAAUGUAAUAGCUACAACAAGGAGAGGCUAUCUUCUGGAUAG